ACAGCAUAUUAUUUCCAGUGCCAGCCAGUGCAGUCACACACAGCCCGUCUAAAUGUGCCCAGAGACUGCGCCCCAGAAGUACUGACAGUGCCUCAGCUCAGCAUGCCAUUUUAAAUGCUUUAUAAAUUGUUGAAUACUGUAGGUACGAUUGCUUCGUGAACCCACCAGAAAAACCUACGUUCGUGAACCCACCUGAAAUACCUAGCCUACGAUUGUAACAGACUCUCCAUAUGUAUUUACGAGUAAGUUACCGGCCCGUUACUUUUGACUAAAGUUAUUUUUAUAUCUAUUAUAUUUAAGGAGAAUCUUACAUAGGUCACUACCAAAGGCUACCCUUGUGUACAUUAAUACGAUUCUUUUUAUUCGUGUUGUGCAUCAUGACGACAGUCUUUUAGCAUUUGGAGCAAUAAUAACGUACCGAUUAGAGAUACUAGUGUAAUAGUUAUUUUAUUUUGUGCAUUUUUUAGAAAAAUCAAUCAUUCACAGAAGUAACUGACAAACAUUUAAGUGUUUUGGUAUAGUCACGGAUAACUGACAAGUUAUUUAAAUUAAAAUUUAUAAUUCUAACCUUGAAACAAAAACCUAGCUACAAAGUUGACGUUAAUUUUAGGUAUACUUAAGCCACGUCAUUAGUGCCUUAACUUGUUGGCUACACGUGCAGCUUAGGUAUAUAAGUAACCAGCUCAAUGACUAAUCCAACAGUAUUCUCUUUAAAUUGACGCAAUGAGUUUUACGGAUAAAGUAGCUAUAGUGACCGGAGCAAGCUCUGGUCUCGGAGCCGCCGCGGCAUUGGCACUCGCACGAGAGGGCGCUAAAAUUGUCCUUGUAGCCCGAAACGGAGACAAACUCAACCAUGUCGCUCAACAAUGCGAAGAAUGUGGCUCUAAGCCCCUCAUCAUCAUAGCAGACAUCAGCCAAGACGAAGAAGCCAAAAAAAUCGUGAAAACCACCGUGGAAUCCUUCGGACAGUUAGACAUCCUAAUCAAUAACGCUGGAGUAGUCGGCAUUUCGUCCAUGUUAGAUGAAGAGAUCAUCAAUUAUUAUGACCUAGUCGUCAAUACAAAUCUUCGAGCUACGGUGCAUUUGACGUGUCUUUCCGCUUCUCAUCUCAUCAAGACAAAGGGUAAUGUGAUCAACGUGUCAAGUGUAGCUGGGAUAAGGGUUCCCGGGAAAAACUACAUGUGUUAUGCCGUGUCGAAAGCCGGAGUGGAUCAUUUCACCCGCUGUGCUGCUUUGGAAUUGGCCCAGUUUGGAGUGAGAGUCAACAGCAUCAAUCCAGGACCGGUGAAUACUGACAUAGUGGUGAACGCGGGUGCGCCAAACCCUGAUAAAAUCUGGGAGACGUUCAAAGCCAAUACAGCCCUAAAAAAGAUUUCGGAGCCUGAGGAGGUUGCUGAUUUGAUUCUGUAUCUAGCCAGCGACAGAGCGAGGAGUAUCACUGGUUCAUCUAUUGUGAUUGACAAUGGUUUGCUCUUGGCUAAGUAGUAUUUAUAAGCCGAGCAAAUUAUUGAUUUGUACGAGUAUUACAAGUUAUGACAGGAAUAUAAUACUUGAAAUUAAUAACUUUAUAUUCGAUUAUCAAAUUAUGAGUGAUAUAAAACAAC